CUUGGGGGUGGGACAAGUGACUAGAAAGGACUGCCUCUGGCCAGUUUUACAUCUCACACUUUUCUUUUCUUUGACUCUGACAGUAUUCCAUUAGUCAGUGUGUGCAACAGUGCCCAGUGUGCUGUAUACCAAUUCAUUGGACUGAAUUCUGCUUUGGCACACUUUCAAUAAAGCGGAGAUUUGGACUUUAGCUUGCAGAUCUGGUUAGUCUGCUCUAGCCUCCACCUAAAAAGAAACAUUUCUGGAAGAACUUGAAAAAGAAAUCAGGAUCAACAACAUGGUAGUCUUGUCCAUUAGACACACUUUGUAUGGUCCUGGCAGCCUGUGCUUUCCUGACUGCACUUGUCUGGUUUGUAAGAGACAGCCUGAGAAUCAGUGACAUUGGCCGUAAACGUGUCUUCAUCACGGGAUGCGAUUCAGGCUUUGGGAAUCAGCUAGCGAAACAGUUGGACCACCAAGGAUUCCAUGUAAUUGCUUCAUGUCUGACUGAGAAAGGGGCAGCCGAGUUGAAGACUACUGCCACCCCCAGGCUGAAGACGGUACUUUUGAACGUGGUGGAUGGCAAAAACAUCGAUGAAGCAGUGGAGUUUGUGAAGGCAGAGGUUGGGGAAAAAGGUCUAUGGGGCCUCGUCAACAAUGCUGGGAUACUACUAGCACUUCCUCCUACAGACUGGAUUCAGAUAGAAAGCUUCCGCAAAGUUAUUGACGUUAAUCUUCUGGGAACCAUUGAGGUCACUUUGAAAUUUCUUCCACUUGUAAAGAAAGCCAGAGGCCGGAUUGUGAAUGUGUCUAGUAUCAUGGGCCGACUUGCCUUUGGAGGUGGUGGGUACUGCAUAUCGAAAUUUGGUGUGGAGUCCUUCUCCGAUACUUUAAGGAAGGACAUGAAACACUUUGACAUCAAAGUCAGCAUCAUAGAACCUGGAUUCUUCAAGACUCAGAUCACAAAUUUAGAGCCUAUUGAGAAAGAGCUGCGAAGUCUUUGGAGUGCCCUGACGCCUGAGAUUAAAGGCUCCUACGGGUCGGACUACAUUGACAGAUAUAUAAAAGUCCAGAAAACGUCAAUGAACCUGCUGUUAAGUUCGAAGACAUCACACGUCACAGACUGCAUGCAGCACGCCUUGACAGCCAAGUACCCGCGGACACGCUACGGUGCAGGAUGGGAUGCAAAGCUCUUCUGGCUUCCUCUUUCAUACCUGCCCACAGCCCUAACGGAUCGAGUGGUUAGAAGCUUAAUGCCAGAGCCGGCUGAGCCAGGUGUGACAGCAACGCGUCACUAACAGCAGCAGGAGCCCCACAGAUAGCAAAAGAAACAUGCUGAACAACUACAGGCAUCCAUAAGAUGAUUCCAGAAAAAAGCUGUGCACUUUUACCUUUAAAUUCACGUCACGGCAGAGUUUGAAAAUGAAUACAUUGUACAAACAUACAUAUAUGAGAUGUUUGACUGGAGCACCGGCCAUAUCCUACCCUUUUUUCCCUUUUAUUUAGUUUCCUUUAUUUUUUUAUUUUCAACAUCUAUUUUUUUUAAGAACUGGGAUUUGGGUGUGGAACUUAAAAUUCGAACUAAUUACUGAGGUGUCCUGCUAAUUAUGGCUGCUUUUUGAUAUUUAUAAAGCACUAGCGCUAGCCAUAAUCGGGUGUUAUGUUUUCCCACUGUGCCUUGUUACGGUUCUU